AUGUCGCAGUCAUCUGAACCGCCGUCGACGGUGACCAACAACCAAGACGAGAUCUCGAAGACGGCAGCGGGCGAACCCGUCUUGCAGAAUGGAUUGCCGACGACCAAACGAGGCCUUGUGCAGGCGGCGCAUGAUUGCUUGACAUAUGUGCCCCCGCGAUGUCGCUACGACCCGGACAAACCAUUCGAAUUCUCGAUGGGACUGAAUUUGCUGUUUGCGUUUGCAGGGUGUUUCACGGUUGCCAAUCUCUACUACAACCAUCCCAUCCUCAACCUCCUCGCCGACGAUUUCCACGUUACUGACGAAGAGGCCUCGUACAUCCCCACCCUCGCGCAGGCCGGAUACGCAGGAGGCUUGUUGUUCUUAUGUCCGUUGGGGGAUUUGGUCAAGAGGAGGCCAUUCGUGCUGUGGCUCGUCUGGUUCACCGCGACACUAUGGAUCGGCCUCUGUGUGACCAAGUCGUUCGCUGCCUUCGGAGCCAUAUCCUUUGUCACCAGUGUCACCACGGUCACACCGCAACUGAUGUUACCUCUGGUAGGUGACAUGGCACCACCGCACCGUCGAUCAACGUCGCUCUCUAUUGUGGUGUCGGGCAUGUUAUUGGGAAUGCUCAUGGCUCGACUGCUGUCUGGUGUGGUGGCCCAAUUCAUCGGAUGGCGAUAUAUCUACUGGAUCUCGUUCGGAUUGCAAUAUCUCAUCCUGAUCCUGCUUUACUUUUUCAUGCCAGACUACCCAUCUACAAACCCAGGCGUGAAUAUCUGGAAGAAAUACCCGUUUCUGCUCUGGGACAUAUUAAAGCUGGCGGCGGAACAUCCGGUCCUUGUGCAAGCGUGUCUCGUGGGACUGUUGACCUCGACCAUAUUCACGAGUUUCUGGACCACCUUGACUUUCCUCCUGGCUGGGUCACCUUACCACUACAGCUCCCUUGUGAUUGGGUUGUUCGCCCUCAUCGGCAUUGGAAGCAUGACUUGGGGCCCCAUCUUUGCCAGGACCGUCAUGGAGAAGCAUCAACCUCUGUUUUCGGUCAUCAUAGGUGAGUUGGUAUGUCUGGUCGGAGUCGUCAUCGGAACGUAUACCGGGAAAUUCACUGUUGUCGGCCCCAUCCUGCAAGCUGUCGGUAUAGAUAUCGGCCUGCAGACGAGUCAGAUUGCCAACCGUACCGCGAUUUAUGGAGUCGCUCCCAAGGCGAGAAACCGUGUCAACACCGCUUAUAUGGUCAGCGUGUUUGUUGGGCAGCUCAUUGGGACGGCGGUGGGAAAUCAUCUUUACGCCAAUGGUGGCUGGGUCUCCUCGGGGUCCGCUAGUGUUGGAUUCGUCUGCGGGGCGCUGUUGGUUUGCUUUGUGAGAGGACCUCAUGAGCGAGGCUGGGUUGGCUGGCGAGGAGGGUACAAUAUGCGCAAGGGUGUACCGCAGAAGCCACAGUCUCAGACCGUCGAAAGAAAUCAAGAGUUUGGUAAGGAUGAGGGACGACCUCAGCCGUUUGCCCCAUCUAGCCCGGAAGAGAAGAAGGAAGAUGCCGUACCCAUACAGCAGUCGAUACACGUUGCUGAGGAUCCCGACUCACCGGAGCGCACUUCGAGCGAGAAGGUGUCGUCUGAACCGGAGAAAGUGUGA